GCGACACAAACAGUAAGAGGAGAGAUCGAGGGAGAAGAGAUAUAUUUCUAUUUGACAGAGACAGAGGAAAAAGUCCGAUCAAAACACCAAAGUCCCACAUCGAUUACAGCUGGUUGCUUCCUCGCCCUUUCGUUUCUUCUUCCUCGAACCUGGAAAUUAGCAUAACAAAAAAAGUCUCCCUUCCAAUAUCUAAUUCUGCCUUUUCAAAGAAAAUAUAUCGAAACUGCAAACAUAAAGACAAAGUUUUCUUAUUAUAUCAGUUAUGGGGAACUGCUUUGGAACUCAACAAGUUGAUCACCAUAGCCAGUCCACCAUAAAGCCAUCCAGCCCAGGUACGUCGAAACUAAAAGACGGCAAACAAAAUAGUUCGCCGCCGGCGCCGGACACAACCAAAGAGAGCGGUAGCGCUGAAGGAAGAAGCAAGAAGGGUGAAAAGGCGGCUUUUCCCGCAAGCGGAAAGAUUCUGAUGAGCAUCACCUUGAAAAUAUUCACUUUGGCAGAACUCAAGGCUGCCACCAGAAAUUUCAAGCCGGCUACGGUGCUGGGUGAGGGCGGUUUCGGUAGAGUAUUCAAAGGUUGGGUGGAUGAGAAAACCUAUGCCCCUUCAAAAGUUAGCGUUGGCAUGGCGGUUGCCGUCAAGAAAUCAAAUCCCGAUAGCUCUCAAGGUUUGCAAGAAUGGAAGGCAGAGGUGAAUUUUUUGGGAAGGUUAAGCCAUCCAAACCUAGUAAAGUUGCGGGGAUACUGUUGGGAGGAGAACCAGCUCCUCCUCGUCUACGAAUUCAUGCAAAAGGGCAGCUUGGAAAACCACCUCUUCAGAUCAGGAGGAGCAGAGCCUCUUACAUGGGGAACUCGGCUUAAAAUAGCCAUGGGGGCUGCCCAAGGCUUAACCUUUUUGCACACAUCAGAGAAGUGUGUUAUCUACAGGGACUUCAAAGCCUCCAAUAUUUUGCUGGAUGGGGACUACAACGCCAAACUUUCUGAUUUCGGCCUGGCAAAGUUGGGCCCUAUAGAUGGCAAUUCGCAUGUGACUACACGGGUUAUGGGCACAUAUGGUUAUGCUGAUCCUGAAUAUGUUGCCACAGGCAAUUUGUAUGUUAAGAGUGAUGUGUAUGGUUUCGGAGUUGUGUUGUUGGAGAUGUUAACGGGCCUAAGGGCCCUGGAUACGAAUCGACCCAGUGGCAAGCACAAUUUGGUAGAAUGGGCCAAAUAUUCAUUGACGGAGAAGAGAAAGCUGAAGAAAAUAAUGGACCCCAAGCUAGAAGGAAAAUACCCUAUCAAAGCUGCAUUGCAAGCCGGUGAGCUCAUCUUAAAGUGUCUGGAAUCUGAUCCCAGAAGCCGUCCAUCCAUGGAAGAGGUGUUGGAGACACUACAAAAGAUCAAUGCCGUCAACGGAAAUUCAAAAGUUAGCAGUAAAGCUAGCAAAUCAAAGUCGAAGGCUAACGAUAAUCGGUCUCCGAUGCAUUGCAAGCCGGAUUCUAAAAAACAGAACUGGUUUCAGCCAGAUUCUGAAAAACGAAACUGGUUUCAGUCGGAUUCUGAAAAACGAAACUGGUUUCAGCCGGAUUCUCAAUACCGUACCGGGAUUCAAAGACAUUCUCUAAGUUACUCUGAUGUUCAAAGGGCCUCCCAUUAAAGCGGAGGCCGAAUUCAACAAAGAGACUCUCAAAAUAAUUACUGGCGAAUGCAAGGUUAGAUAGUUGUUUGUUUAAGAUUGUUGCAAUUGGGUGCAUUUUGGUUUCUCUUUUGAAAACAGUUAAAGAUUUGUCUCAGAUUAGAGAGACUAGAGAUAGAAUGAAAACGCGAAUGGUAAAUGUUAUUCUUGAGAGAGUAUUUAAAUUGUCUGAUACAUACAUUUAUCGAAUAAUUAUGAGGUCAAGUACCAUACUUAGUACAAAACAAAUAAUCAACAG